AUGCCAAAUCCGUCCAGACGCCAUGGUACCCGCUCCAACCCAACUAAGUCUAGUUCGCUUCCACCCGAGGAGCUUGAGCCGCGCCUCCUCAACCUCGACCUCCAACUUCCUUCACUUCCAUCCAUCGUCGCAGGCCUCACCGACACUCUUGGACUGACGGGAGGACAACAACCCGCGCCCGCGCCUGCCCCGAGUCCUCAACAGCCUCCGGCACAACCUGCUCCGCAGCCCUCACCUCAGCAACCCGCUCCUCAACCCGCGCCAUCCCAGCAGCCUGCCCCAAGUCCUCAACCUGCCCCUCCACCGGCUUCGUCAACCCAUGCUGGCUCUGCUCCAAGCAAUCCUACCUCUUCCAUCCCACCCAACGUGUCUUCAUCCCCCUCGUCGUCCCCUUCGUCCGGGGUUUCCAGCAACGUUCCGAGCGCGUCCCAGGUUCCAGGCGCAGAAGUAACCGGACGACCUCCCAACCUCAACCUCGGCUCUUCAGGUGAUCUCCCAGACCUGAGCGACCACCUAGCUCCUGCGCCAAUCGCAAACGCUGGCGAGCGUCCCGAUGAACGCGUCUCAGCAUCAACCACGAGCCUCGAGAGCACCCGAACGCGUACUUUCGUGACCAACGGCUCUACGUCAAUUGUCGUGGUGGGUCCAUCAGACAAACCCAUCCCAACAGAUCCGAGGGGUUCGCCAUCUCCCAACGACAACAGCAGUGCCGGAUCGUCCAAGUCCAACCAUGUCGUCAUCGCCGUGGUCGCCCCCAAGGGAUACCAUGAGCUCAUGGACAUUCCCCUACCCCGCAGGCCAUGCCCCGAACAGUAG